AUGGCAUGUCCAGAGGGGCAAAAGGUUGCUUUUGGUGCAUAUACUCUAGUGGAAGAAGUUGAGUAUUGGUGGGAGAAUACUCGCAAAUGCCUAGAGGCGAAAGGUCAAGAUGUGACCUGGGAUGUCUUCAAGAGGGUAUUUUUGGAGAAAUACUUUCCCGAGGAUGUUAGGAACAAGAAAGAGAUGGAGUUCUUGGAGCUCAAGCAGGGAAACAUGAUUGUGGCUGAAUAUGCAGCCAAGUUUGAGGAGCUGCAAGCUGUGAAUUACCAAGGUGUUCGUCAGUUCCCACUUUUGGUUAACAUGUGUCUGAUUUGGGAUGAAGACUCUCGAGACAAGGUGACCUAUUAUAGGAGUACAGGUCCAAUAAGGAACAAAAAUAAUAGGCCUCAACAUCUGGGAAAACCAUAUUCGACUCCUCCUAAGCAAUAUGGUAAUCGCCAUGAUAAUCAGAGGACUGUUGCUAGAGGAUUUGUAGGUGGUAGUGGUAGCAAACCCAAUACUUUCCCCACUCAUAUCAUUUGUUACAGAUGUAGGAAGCCAAGGCACAUCUCCUCAAAUUUUCCAGAUAACGAUAUGAUUUAUUUUAAUUGUGGACAAAAGGGACACACUCAAAGAGAUUGUUCACGACUCAAGAAAGAGAAAAAUGGUGGAUGCCCGAAUGGUCAAACUGGACAUCCAAAGGCCACGGGAAGAGUCUUUACCCUUAAUGGUGCUGAAGCUUCGAAAUCCAAAGAUCUAAUGCAAGGUGGAUGUUUCAUAAAUGGGAUUUCGUUACUUGUGUUGUUUGAUUCUGGUGCAACCCAUUCCUUUAUAUCCUAUUUGUGUGUAGAGAAACCUAAGCUUUCUGUGUCUUCUUUAAAUAAAGAUCUGGUGGUAGAGACCCCAACCAGUGGUUCUGUGUUAACUUCUGAUGUGUGUUUUGUAGACAAAGGAUCAAGCUGA